UCCCCCAGAGCCCCCUCCCCCGCCCUGGCUGGCCAGCCGGUAUGCAGGUGUCUAUCGCGUGUACCGAGCAGAACCUUCGCAGCCGGAGCAGUGAGGACCGUCUGUGUGGACCCCGGCCGGGUCCUGGGGGCGGUAAUGGAGGGCCAGUGGGCGGAGGGCAUGGGAACCCUCCGGGGGGUGGACCCAAGUCACGAGCUGCGCUGGUCCCCCGACCCCCAGCACCCGCUGGGGCCCUUCGAGAGAGCACCGGCCGAGGCACUGGCAUGAAAUACAGGAACCUAGGAAAGUCUGGUCUCCGGGUGUCCUGUCUUGGCCUUGGUACCUGGGUCACAUUUGGCUCUCAGAUCUCAGAUGAGACAGCAGAAGAUGUGCUGACAGCAGCCUAUGAACACGGUGUAAACCUGUUUGACACUGCUGAAGUGUACGCAGCUGGAAAGGCUGAAAGAACCCUAGGGAGCAUCCUCAAGAGCAAAGGCUGGAGGAGAUCAAGCUAUGUUAUCACCACUAAGAUCUUUUGGGGAGGACAGGCAGAAACUGAGCGAGGCUUGAGUCGCAAACACAUCAUUGAAGGCUUGCAAGGAUCCCUGGACCGCCUUCAGCUGGAAUACGUUGACAUAGUCUUCGCCAAUCGUUCAGACCCUAACAGUCCUAUGGAGGAAAUUGUGAGAGCCAUGACCUAUGUCAUCAACCAGGGCCUGGCCCUAUACUGGGGGACAUCCAGAUGGAGUGCUGCAGAGAUCAUGGAGGCCUACUCCAUGGCCCGACAGUUCAACCUGAUCCCGCCUGUGUGUGAGCAAGCAGACAACCACUUCUUUCAGAGGGAGAAGGUGGAGAUGCAGCUGCCUGAGCUCUACCACAAGAUUGGUGUUGGCUCCGUUACUUGGUCUCCCCUGGCGUGUGGCCUCAUUACUAGCAAGUAUGAUGGGCGAGUUCCAGAUAUUUGCAAGGCCACUGUCAAGGGGCACCAGUGGCUCAAGGAAAAAGUGCGGAGUGAGGAUGGCAAGAAGCAACAAGCCAGAGUCAUGGACCUUCUCCCCAUCGCUCACCAGUUAGACUGCACCGUGGCCCAGCUUGCGAUAGCCUGGUGUCUCCGAAGUGAGGGUGUCAGCUCAGUCUUAUUGGGGGUGUCCAGUGCAGAGCAGCUGAUGGAACAUCUGGGCUCCCUACAGGUGCUGAGUCAGCUGACGCCGCAAACGGUGAUGGAAAUAGAUGCGCUUUUGGGGAACAAGUCGCAUUCCAAGAAAUAGUUCUUUGGGGGCGCGGGGUCCCCACGCGGAAUGAUUGCACCUGCCGGAAAACCACUUUCGAGCAACGGGCCCUCUAGUGCCGGAUCUCUCCUCCCAGCCCCCAA